AUGAAUAUUUCGACAAACCUUUGGGCAGAUCAUGAUCUCACAGCUCAGCUUUCUGAAAUGCCGUAUCAGCGAGACGUAUCUGCUGAAGCCAUAUUAUUUGUUUGGAUAUCGCCAUUGGAAAAUUUUGUUUGCAACUAUUUUUCGGGAUUCAGUUGUGGCGUUGAUUCUAUUGGAGGCGCAAGUCCUGGGUUCGACCUCUGUCGGAACUGA